UAUUCUCACCGCGUGUCACCGUCCUCUUCCUUCUUCCAAAUAUCAACUCAACCGCGCGAAUCAUUUGGCUGGAGCUGAGAGAGAGAGAGAGAGGGGAAGGAGAUCGGACGGAGCUUGCGAAUGGUGAUGGCUCAGCUCUUCUCCCCUGUUUGCUCGGAAACCCCGCUCUGCUUCCAGGCUUCAUCGUCUCCAUCCUGUUGUCCGAGGACUUGGUGGCGUUCCUCGCCGGGAACCACCCGUUCCGGAAUCGAUUUCCAUGGUCGGUGCCGGAGUAGGAGAAGGAUGGGGUUCAGGAUUGCUGCCUCCGUAGCGGGGGACUCGCUCUCGAAGCAGGAUUUUGCCGAUGACUAUUACGCUGUCCUUGGGCUGUCACCAGAUGCUACUCCACAGCAGAUAAAGAAGGCUUAUUAUAACUGCAUGAAAUCAUGCCAUCCAGACUUGAGUGGAGAUGAUCCAGAUGUUACAAGCUUUUGCAUGUUCAUAAAUGAGAUUUAUGAAGUGCUUAGUGAUCCUAUGCAGCGUAUGGUGUAUGAUGAAAUUCAUGGGUAUUCUUUAACCGCCAUCAAUCCUUUCCUGGAUGAUACAAGCCCAAAGGAUCAUGCGUUUGUUGAUGAGUUUAGUUGCAUAGGAUGUAAAAAUUGUGCCAAUCUUGUCCCAGAUGUAUUCAGGAUUGAGGAAGAUUUUGGGCGAGCAAGAGUGCACUGCCAAUCUGGCAACCCUGACUUAGUUCAACAAGCAAUUGAUAGUUGCCCAGUUGAUUGCAUCCACUGGACUUCAGCAGCACAAGUUUCUCUACUUGAAGAUGAAAUGCGCAGGGUAGAGAGAGUGAAUGUUGGGUUAAUGCUUGCUGGAAUGGGAGUUGCAUCGGAUGUGUUCAGAAUGGCAAACUCUCGAUGGGAAAAGCGCCAAGCAAAAGUUUUGGAAAAUGUUAAGGUGCAGUUAAUGAAGCAAAAAUAUACUGAUAAUAACAGUUGGUCCUGGAGCAAUGUUUGGGGAAAGCCAAAGAAUUAUCAAAAUUCAGGGGAGGAAACAAAUGAGAGAGCUAAAAGGGCUGCUGCGGCUGCACGUAGGUGGAGAGAAUAUUCAAAAAAAGGUACGGAUAAACCGCCUACAUUCAAGCUUCCAGAGGCUAUGACCAAGGAAUAAAAACAUAGAAUAAUAUAUAAGAUACAUCAUUACAUUGUUACCAUUGUAACCCAUUAUUUCCAGGGAGGCAGUUUGGUUUCUCUCUAUUUUUACCUCCAUAAGUGAAAUACUUGGAAACUGUAUAUAAAUAUCCUGGUAUUUAUUUUGCACAGGACCUUAUUUCAUUGGUCUUGUUGGUAAAAAUAAAUAUUAUACACGAGCAAAAUUUAAAUUA